AAUUCGGAAAAACAAAAAACUUCCAUCAAGUCAAAGGAACUAUCUUCUGGACGAUAUGUGACACUGUUUGAUGCGUCUUCGUUGACCAAUUUAAAUCGCUUGCUGUGUCAUAACUAUAGAAUAUUCGAUUGCGGUAAUCCAAAAAAUAUUUGCGAAAAGAACAAGAAUUCGGCCACUCAAGAGAAUCGUGCUGACCUCGUUCAAGCGUGGUCUUUGCUUGGGCUCAUAUUUGAUUCAGAUUUACAGCCAUCGUUAUCUGCUUUAGAAAUGCAAUGGGCUAUUCAUCCUUUUGGAAGGCGGCUAAUCAAACAUAUAAAAAACAGGAGGAACUGGAAGAGCAAUUAUCAAAUUUUGAUGGGGAAAUGGCCAGUAGCGUCUCUCCGUUUUGCAGGGAAUCACAUUCUCCCUUUUUCACCAUCAUUGAUUUUCCCGAAAAGGAGGAACGAGAGUGUCACGAAAAUAAUUCUAAGUUUGUCAAGAAAGAGGAGAGGAGGCUUUAUGAGCAUUAUAAGUUGACUUACGUCGACCUUUUGUACAAGUGUGAAUUGAAAACUCGAAGAAACGAAGUACUGAAGUUUGUAUUGGAUCCGCAAAAAUUUUUCUUCAAUAAAGAAUAUGCCUUGAAAGGCCAAUUUUGUCACGAUAAUUCUCAGUCGUCUAAAUUGCUGAUACGAAAUAAUAAACAUUCAAAGUUGCAAUGUGUCAUCUGUCGCAUCGCUGUCAAAGGAAUGUUUAACUUAUGUUUUUCCUGCGGACAUGGCGGACACACAUUACAUCUUUUGAAGUGGUUUGAAACAAACAGCGUUUGUGCUGGGGGCUGUGGCUGUCAAUGUCUUAGAAAAGAUGCUUUCAAACUCUAAUGUGAAUGAUGGAGACUAAGAAAUUGUGUUGUUCUUGUCGUUUUCCUAUUUUUUCUUAGCUAUGGAUUGGAAAAUGAUCUCACAACAUAAUAUAAGAAGGUAAAAACGUUGAGUUUUGCUUGUUGCUUAUUUUCAUUUAUGGCAAAGUUUUGUUAUAGAUAUAUUACAUACUAAACAAAAAGAUAGAAUUAUAAUCUUAUGUGGUUUUUAACUAAGUUUAAUAACCAUGGCAAACAAACAAAUUCAUAAAAUGCAAUAAACGUAUUAUGAUCAUCGUCAUGCAUGUUAAGAGGAGUAGGAGAAAACAGGCUAAGUUGAAUCGUUUUAUGUGAAUUGGAUUUUUGGUGAUUUGGAUUCGUCAUACAUAGCAGACGUAAAGUCAUAUAAGCCUCGUAAAUUGAUGAUUUGCUUUGCUCGAUACCUUUCGUAAGAUAAACUAUAAUAUGAUGUACUAGAGAUGGUGUUUUUGUGUCUUUUUUUUGGAUUUGUUAUAAAAAACAGUGCAUUACUAAGUGCGUAUCAAUGGAAACGUGCUGAUAACAAUCACAAUCCAAAUAAAAUAUCUUUUUCAUGCUGUCGUGAAAAACACUCUUUGCAGAAUGUUAGAGACUGAGAUAUGACGAGACCAACGGCAAUGAUAUUUAAUUAAAUUUUUAGCUGAGCAUUACUUAGAGCUGGAAAGUCUGUGUGCGAGUGUAGAACUUUUGCAUUUUCUAUCGUCUAUAAAAUUUAGGGAAGGAUUAGGACAGUAGCACAGUAAAACGAUGAAUAAUUCGGAUUAGCACAGUAAAACGAUGAAUAAUUCGACAGCAUUCGCCCGUUUUUGGUCGUGCUCUAGUCAGGCCAGCACGACCUAAUUAUAUAUUCCUAAGCGCUGAAUGGCUAGAAAAUCUCAGUCUUUUAAAAUGGUAUAGUCAGCCUUAGUUUGGUCGUGCUUUGAUCAGGCAAAAACGACCAAAACAUAAAUUACUAAUAAUAUAUAAGGCUAAAUUGCGUCGUACACAUGAUCAAUCGCCGAAUAUUUUCCUUUGGUAGUGCCCAAGUUUAUUAGCACAAGUAUUUCAAAUACUGUCGAAUUAUUCAUUGUUUUACUGUGUUAUUGAAUUUAUCUUUUUUUCUGUGAACAUGGAAAUCAAUCAAGGACAGUCAAACGUCGCGUCUGAAGCUCAAAGAUGCAGAGAUAUCGUUUCUGAGCUUUUACAAAAGAUUGUCAGUUCACGCAACGCUAUAGAGUCAAAAUAUUUUGUUUGUAUGCCAUGACCAACCCCUAUGCUCGCACUGAAAACGAGAAAUAAGGGGUUCCGACAAUCUUGGUGGGAAAGGAAAGAUUGGUUGUGCGCCAGUGUGAAGAAACAGCGGUUAUUUUGUUGCCUUUAUACACAUUUUCGUCCAAAGUCCACUACAUUGACUCAAAUUCAUUAUGUCAACAUGCAUUUUUACUUGGCAAUUGCAAAAAGCUUGAAAUAUCAAGGGCGCACACUGAAGCGUGCAUAACCGCGGCACAGACGACUUAUCUUGCCACCAACUGUACUGGAACUUCAUCUUUGUUGUCGCUAUAACACUACCAGUUGUUUUUUCGUCUAGCUACGCCACUGGUGUAUAGUAUGUAUGACAUUGAACAGUCUUUUUAAAUUUCAUACGUCAUGUUUGGCAAACAAGAGAACGAACGACUUCUGUUCCAAUAUCAGACAAAUCUUAAGAGCAGAUAUACAUCAUACAAGAGUCUGUCUUAUUCAAAAAAUUCAACACCUUUGGAAAUUUUAACUUGGGUGCGACUUUUUUUUUAAAAGAUUUUUUAUGAUCUGUAUGUAAAAGAAUUACCCCUUCCUUAGCUUAGUGCCUACAUUAAAAGAAGAAUAAACAACAUAGUAUGACCUUC